GGAAAAUGCUGCACAAGAUUAAAAACCUUGUCACUGAGGAGCCAAAGCAUUGGCUGGAUGUUAUUGCUAUCUGGAGAAAACUUCAUGUGUAUGAGCGGGAAAAAGAUGCUGUCUCUCAAGAAAACCCAUUGCCUCUCAAAAGGAAAUCAGAAGAAGAGACAAAUAUUGCAACUAAAAGACAGAAAACGGAACAAGCGAGAGGGACUGUGUCUGAGGAAUGUCAGGUGGAAGCCAGAGACACAUGUGUGGGAGCAGAGAGAAAGAGCAAUCGGGACUGCUGGACUGAAAGCAAGACUUCCUUGGAAGACCCUUCCAGAAGCAGUGGAGAGAAGCCUAUUGCAAAUGAGCAGCUUAGCUUCAGUUUCAGAGUUUCUUGUCGUUGCAGUGGAGCAAUUGCCAAAAUACUUACUUCGCAGGAGGGUGGUGCAGCCCUGGGCAUAGCGCUCAUGAAGCAGCAUGGGUGGCAGGCUGAUCUGCGGGACCCCGAUCUAGAGAUCUUUGUACAUCUUAAUGACAUUUACUCUGUGGUGGGGAUUCCUCUUUUCAGGCUUCCAUUGGCAAACAGAGAGUAUAUCAAAACAGCAGGACUGCGGUCAACAGUUGCGUGGGCCAUGGCAUCUCUGGCUGAAAUCAGUGCAGGUGCCUUUGUGCUGGAUCCCAUGUGUGGGCUAGGAACGAUACUGCUGGAAGCUGCCAAAGAAUGGCCUGAAGCCUGUUACUGGGGUGCUGAUAUAAGCGAUUCACAGUUAGAGGGUGCAGAUGUGAAUAUUAGGACUGCAGGCUUGAUGGAUAAGAUUGAGUUACUUAAAGCUUCUGUGAAAGCAUUGCCGUUGCCUUCAGAAAGCUUUGACGCUGUGAUUUCGGAUAUUCCGUUUGGGAAGAAGUUCAAGAUCAGAAAAGACAUAGAGCUCCUUCCAGAUAUUCUUCAGGAAAUGGAGAG